CGGCCGUGUCGGCGGUGUCGGCGUUUAAUAGCCAUCACAACCACACCACUAGUAACAGCUUAUCCAACACAACAACAACGGCAUCAGUACUGGCGGCCGGUGUCGUCCUAUCACAACAACACCAACAACAACAACAGGAACAACACUGUAGAAUGCCUCACAAGGGUCAUUCCGGUAUUAACCAAUUGGGCGGUGUCUAUGUCAAUGGUCGACCAUUGCCCGACUCGACCCGACAAAAAAUUGUAGAACUGGCCCAUUCGGGUGCCCGACCCUGCGAUAUAUCACGCAUAUUACAAGUAUCCAAUGGUUGUGUAUCGAAAAUAUUGGGACGCUAUUACGAAACUGGUUCGAUAAGGCCCCGGGCUAUUGGCGGUAGUAAACCCCGGGUGGCCACCAACGAUGUGGUCAACAAGAUUGCCCAUUAUAAACGGGAAUGUCCGUCAAUAUUUGCCUGGGAAAUCAGGGACAGGCUGUUAUCGGAAGGCUGCUGUACCAAUGAUAACGUCCCGUCGGUGUCGUCCAUUAAUCGGGUGCUCCGUAAUCUGGCCGCCCAGAAAGAGCAACAAUCCCAUCAUUCACAGGCAGCCGAUGCCGUCUACGAUAAGUUGCGUAUAUUGAACGGCCAGGCAGGUUGGCCUAGACCGUCGCCAUGGUAUCCCGGUUCGGCACCGUUUGGCGGUAUACCAGCUCAUUGUGUACCGACCAGUGUUCCGCCGCCGACCACUCCCAUCGAAAAUGGUUCAUCUCAUCAUAAAAAAGCUGAUCCCGAUUCGGGUACAGAGGACUCGUCCCAUAACGACAGUACCGAAGGCGGCGAUUCAGCGGCCAGACUACGGCUCAAACGGAAACUGCAGCGAAAUCGGACCUCAUUUACACCCGAACAGAUCGAGGCAUUGGAAAAGGAGUUUGAACGAACCCAUUAUCCGGAUGUGUUUGCUAGGGAACGGUUAGCCGCAAAAAUAGACUUACCAGAGGCCAGGAUUCAGGCCUACGAUCAUAUUAUGCAGGUUUGGUUUAGCAAUAGGCGCGCCAAAUGGCGGCGCGAGGAAAAGCUACGCAACCAACGGCGGGCAGUGGUCACCGACCAGACCGGCGGCGCCAGUGGUGGCGGCGGCUCAGGCAGUAUCGGUGGACAUCAUCAUCAUCAUCAUCAUCAUAGCCACCAUAGCAACAAUCCGGGUAUGCCGUCCGCUGGGACAGCGCCGACAUCCCGACACAUACCCAUCAAUCCGUCAGGUUUUGCCAAUUCGCUGUACUCGUCGAUACCGCAACCGAUGGCCGCAUCCAUGGCCGACACCUAUAGUUCAAUGGGUAUGACAUCCUAUUCAAUGGCCGCCAACAAUAUGGCCUCCAACUCGUGUCUGCAGCAACAGGCAGCGGCCGCGGCGGCCGCCUCGUCCUACUCGUGUAUGUUGCCGCCGGGGCCRGGUCGCGGUUACGAYCCCAUMGGACUGGGCGGCUAUUCGCGGCCACCCUGUCCAUCGGCUGCCCAGGUUCACGCCAUGCAAUCGGUUAACGGUCAGUUCGGGUCGGUCAACAAUCCGGCCACGUCGACAGGCCUAAUAUCGCCGGGUGUGUCAGUGCCAGUACAAGUGCCGGGACAGUCAUCGGAUCUAUCAAACGCCAUGUCAGCUGCCGUUUCAUCAAACUAUUGGCCCAGAAUUCAGUGA